CACUGUAAUCCAACAGCUGUUUGAUUUGUAGCAAUGUAAAAGCGCCUUUCUUGAUAAGACCAAAGUUCAUUAAAACCACGAAUAAAUUGGACCUUAAUAUUAUCUUCCUUAAGUGUUUCAUCUUCCUCCUUAGUUUAUGCAAAUUGCGUGCACGAAGAGAUGGCGCUGAUUCCGGCUGUUACCAGACUCACCUCCUCCGUAAUUCGGAUACUGGGCUGCAAUCCCAGCCCCAUGACGCUUCAGGGCACCAACACGUACUUGCUCGGCAGCGGGAGAAGGCGAAUCUUGAUCGACACUGGCGACGAAGACGUGCCCCAGUACAUCGCUCACCUGGAAGAUGUCCUGCAGCAGGAAAAGGCUGCCAUCGACACCAUCCUGCUGACGCACUGGCACCACGACCAUGUCGGCGGCGUCAAGAGCAUUCUGGGUACCAAAUUGGCCGACAAGGAUUGCCGGGUAUUCAAGUUCGGGCGUACAGAUGCCCCAGAUGUGUGUCCCGAGAUACCGACGGAUAUCAGACUCCAUCCGUUAGCACACAAUCAAGAGUUCACAACGGAGGGAGCGAAUGUGAGGGUGGUUCACACUCCCGGGCACACCACCGACCAUGUGGUGUUGGCAAUGAACGAAGGCACACUCUUCAGCGGCGAUUGCAUCCUGGGCGAGGGCACCGCAGUCUUCGAAGACCUAUUUGAGUACAUGAAAAGCCUGGAGAAGAUACUAAGCAUCAAGCCGCAGCGUAUCUUUCCAGGCCACGGCAAUGUCAUUGAGGAACCGAUUGGCAAGAUUGAGUACUACAUUAACCAUCGCAACCAGCGCGAGCAGCAAAUCCUGCAGUUCUUCGCACAGCGGCCCAACGAACGCUUGCAGGCUAUGGACGUCGUGAAGGUGGUCUACAAGGAGACACCCGAAAACCUGUGGCCCGCCGCUGCCUACAACGUGAACCACCACCUAAGCAAGUUGGAGAAAGAGGGAAAGCUACGGAUCAGCAAAUCGGCGGAUGAACAGUUCUAUGUCUACCAGCCAACCAGCGCCCUCUAAAUCUUUUUAUUUUCUUUUUUCGUUGAGCUUAUAUAAUUAUUUGUUUGUAAAAAAUCGUUUUAUAAUUUUUAUUUCCAAAAAAGUCAAACUGUGCAAGUAUAAAGGUGCCUUUUUUACCUGUU